UUUCUCAAGUUUCGCAAAGUUUAUAUGCAGUUAAUUUGACACUUUCGAUGAAAGUAGUGAACACAGAAAAUAGUCUAAAUUCGUUACAUUCCACCCUAAAUACAGCCCAACAUGACAUUAAUUCUCUUUCCAGUGGUUUGUUCAAUGCAUCCGGGAGUAUAUCUAGUAUUCAGAACUCAGUCCAAGUAGUCACCAACUCAGAUGCUGCUCAAAAUGUUCAAAUCGCCACAAUGCAGUCACGAUACGAAUCUUAUAAUACUUCGAUAACGCUUCUAUCGACAAUUGUGAAAGCUGCUUUUGAAGUACGCUUAGUGGGUUCUUCUUCAUGUGGUAGGGUAGAAGUUUCAUAUGUUGGGGUUUGGGGAACAAUUUGUGAUGACGCUUGGGAUAUCAACGACGCCAAUGUGGUCUGUAGAAUGCUUGGUUACAGCAGUGGCGGGAGAGCUUUUUCUCAAGCAACAUAUGGUCGAGGGAGUGGAAAAAUAUGGCUUGACCAAGUCCAAUGCGAUGGAACAGAGUCAUCAUUGUGGGAAUGUCCAAAAAAUCCAAUCGGAAUCCACGAUUGUGGUCACCACGAGGACGCUAGUGUAUGCUGCGUGGGUUUGUUAAUGCAGCACGCACCGAUUGAAAAACCUAGUGAAUGGAACAGAAUGGAAAAUACUUAAAGGAGUACACUGUUUGUGACGAGCUGACGCUUUAAACUUUACGUUUUUGAACUUUAAAUUCUACGUCACAUUCUCGCCACAUCAAAGGAAGUAGCCGACAUAGCGUCUCUCCCACGCUAAAGUCGGUCAGCUGCAACAUAAAGCUUGUUUUAGGGGUUCAAGAAAUGGAGAAGUCAGUCCCGAUGUCGUUUUCUUGAA